AUGGUUUUCACCAAGCUUAUUAUUGCUGGAAGCACCGGCUUAGUGGCCGACCAGGCGAUCCGCGCCAUCUUGGCCUCAACCAAGCCCAAGUUCGAUGUCACUAUAUUGACUCGAGCCGAUAGUGGAAAGGCACCAGCAUCCAUACCAGGCGCAAAAGUUGUUCCAAUCGACUACAACGACCAUAAUGGCCUUGUGAAGACUAUUAAGGGGGCUGAUGCAAUCCUAUCUUUCAUCUCUGGCCCUGUGUCUAAGGCUGUCGACCGGCUACUUCUCAAGGCGGCACAGGAAGCUGGGGUUCGACGCAUUUUCCCAUCGGAGUACACCUUGGACAUUCUGCAUCCUAAGGCAGUGAGUCUCCUGACCGAAGGCGGUAGCUGGCCCGACGAUACUUCACCUGUUGUUACUGCUCGGAUAUUCACCUCCCUCGCCAAGGAAGGGGGGCCGACGAGCUUUACGACCCUUAUACCGUCUGCCUUUAUGGAUGGGUGGUUGGAGGGAACUUUUGGCUCGUUCGAUCCCAAAAAUCGCAAAGCCACUGUUCUUGAUAGCGGAGACCACUAUUUCGCGGGAUGUUCACUCCCCUUUCUCGCGGCUGCUAUUGUUGCUGUUCUUCAAAUGGACGAAGAGAAGACUAAGAACAAGCGCAUCCCCAUUACUGAAGUGCGUGCGACCAUGAACCAAGUGGUGGAUACGUACGAAGAGCUCCUCGGCGCCAAGUUCCAGAGAGAUCGAGUCACGACCCAGGAAUUGCUGAACAAGAGGAAUGCAAACCUGGCUGCUGGAGCUCCGUUUGUUGCACUUUUCGACAGCAUCAUCGUGGGUGCAUUUGAUGGAAGUGGAGCGGGCGACCCCGAGGGCGGCUUGGAAUUCGACGGCGAUGGCUUUCUUACUGUGAAGAGGAAGACCCUCAAGGAGCUGACCACGGAAGCUCUCAAGAAGAUUGGAGCCCUCUAA